AGAGAACGCAAAUGAACCAUGAAGGAGGAAAUCGAACCGGGUCAAGAUUCUAUAUGAUUAGUGUCAAAAGUGACAACCUUGUUCUUUAUUUGAUUGGUGUUUUAUUUCUCGUGAAAGUUUGAAAUGGUGCUGGUAUUGGCAUUGGGGGAUCUUCAUGUACCCCAUAGAGCGGCUGAUCUACCUCCUAAGUUCAAAUCAAUGCUUGUUCCUGGGAAGAUUCAACACAUCAUUUGCACUGGAAAUCUCUGUAUCAAAGAAAUCCAUGACUACUUGAAGACUAUCUGCCCUGAUUUGCAUAUAGUCCGAGGGGAGUUUGAUGAAGAUGCACGAUACCCUGAGAACAAAACCUUGACUAUCGGGCAAUUCAAGCUGGGAUUGUGCCACGGCCACCAGGUGAUCCCAUGGGGUGAUCUAGACUCACUCGCCAUGCUUCAGAGACAACUCGGUGUGGACAUACUUGUAACAGGCCAUACCCACCAGUUCACAGCCUACAAACAUGAAGGAGGAGUGGUGAUAAACCCGGGAUCCGCAACCGGAGCUUAUAGCAGCAUAAACCAAGAUGUUAACCCAAGCUUCGUUCUUAUGGACAUCGAUGGUUUCCGAGCUGUAGUCUAUGUCUAUGAGCUAAUCGAUGGAGAAGUUAAAGUCGACAAAAUCGAGUUCAAGAAGCCCCCUACUACCAACUCUGCUCCUUAGUUCAUUAAUAAAACCUGAAACCGUUU